AUGGGUGUACUACUAAAUGAAGAAAAUAUAUAUACUCUACUAUUUGCAGAUGACCAGGUCCUCCUAGCUGAAGAUGAAGAGGAUAUGUCAUAUAUGACAAGGCAACUCAUAGAGGAGUAUAAAAAAUGUGGCCUGGAAAUCAGUGAAGAGAAAUCGCAAUAUAUGGUGGUUGGAGGAGAAGGAAAUUCAUUGAACAUUGACGAAACCACGGAAAUUGCAAAUGUCAAAGAAUGCCGGUACUUAGGUAUGACAAUAAAAGAUGAUGGACGGGAUGAGAGAGAGAUUGGAUACAGGAUUGCAAAGGGGAAAGUUUUAACCAGGAAGCUACAUUCAAUACUUUGGACGGAUGAUAUAUCUGAAAGAGUAAAGAAACAGGUUUUCAAAACAAUUGUGAUGAGCUGUGUAACUUAUGGGGCGGAAGUAUGGACAUUAACCAAGAAACUAAAACAAAGAUUAUUGGCUAUGGAGAUGAAUUACUGGAGAAGAUGUUGCCAGCUGACCUUGAGAGAUAGGGUGAGAAAUGAGGUUAUAAGGGAGAAAAUGAAAUUGGACAGGUCAGUGGUGGAUGAGGUGGAGGAAAAACAACUGCAGUGGUACGGACAUCUCAGAAGAAUGAGCCCCAGUCGCAUACCAAGGAAGGUAUAUGAGUGGAUUCCGGCUGAGAGGAGGAAACGAGGACGACCACGAACGGUUUGGCAGCAAAACAUAGAAGAGGCCAUGGAGAGCAGGGGCAUCCAACAAGACGUAUGGAGAGAUAGAGGCAGAUGGCGUGUUGAGUGCGGGAAACGGCCGGGAAGGCUGUAA